AAACCGAUUAUUUCAAAGUUAACUUUUAGCUGUACAGUUAUAGGCUACUGUAAGAAACAAUGUCGGUUUCACUGUUUGUGCUGUUUGUGGUCGUUACUAUAACUACAAACAAAGGAUUGGCCAUGAAUUGCUAUUCGUGUUCGACGGCUUCUACAGGUUGUGAGACUGGCUUUGUUUCCGAAACUUAUUCUGUUCCUUGCUCGUCAGGAGUUUGCUAUACCCGCACGUUGUACAACUCCAAUUCAGGUGAAGAAAGGGGGUGUGGAAGUGGCAUGGAAAGUGAAGGCUGUUCCAAAGGGCCUGAUGGCAAGUCCUUAUGUACAUCCACUUGCAGAACAAAUAAUUGUAACACCGGAGCAGCUCUAAAUAACUUAUACUCGGAUGUUUCUUCUUUAAUUCCACCACCGGGUCAGUUAUUUGGAAUACCUGAUUAUAGUGAUGUUUUGAACAAAAUCGGUGAUACCGUUCUUGGGGGACACAAAUUCCCCAAUCCUGCCCGCGGUGGAGCUUCAAAAUUUGGAGGAGGAAUUGUCUUUAUUUUAGUUUCUGUGCUCGCACCUCUGACCGUGCAAUUUAUUCUCGGUUAAUAAUCAAGCACAAUAACUGAUUAAACGGACAUACAGGUCUAUAGGGUUAAAUAUCACUGAACUAUUCUGGGCAAGUCAUUUUUUUGCAGUUCAGUGGUCAAAUUAUGAAACUAUUAGUCGUGCUUUUGUGUAAUUAACAAUACAUAUAGUAGGGUGAGA